UAUGACCAGUAAAGUAAACUCUUCUUCGAGAAGUGGGCAAGAGAAGAGCCGACAGGCACUACUUGAGAGCUUUUCCACCAAGGCAGCUUUUAUUCUACGUUUGCCUUUGCGCCGUAUGGGACGAUUAGUAACGAACGUCUGUAUGAGCACAUACAACGCGCGAUCUAUUUUCACUGCAAUUGAUUCCGGGUUUUUUCCGAUGGUGACCAAUUCAUUUUCGCGAAAUGCGUUAUUUUGUACACUGUGGUGUUUUAAAAUUUUAGAACAGAACAUUGAAAUUGUGAAUUGAAAACUGUAUUGUGUUGAACCUGAUACUUCGUGUUGAAGGCGUAUCUUAAGUGUCUGAAGUCGAGAGGAAAUAAAAUGUAUUGUUACAGGCCCCUCUUCGUCGCCAUCAUGAGUUUAUGCUUCCUGGUACCCAUCCAAAUGAAGCCUCAAUCGAGGAAUCAUGAUAUAUUCACCAAACUUGGGCUUCAAAAAAUCCGAAGUCCUAAUACGCAUCAUCAGAAGCGGCUGGCUGUAGAAUCCAGACAACACAGCAGAUCUGAUGAUUCGCACAUGUUUAUCAUCAAACUUCCUCCGAAUCCCCACUACUACGGUUUAAAUAAACUAAAUUCCGUGCCAAUGGAUGCCAAGAAAAUUCCGGUAGGAUUUAAAAGUAAUGGCAAGCCCGGAAAGGUUUAUCACUGGAACCUCCCGGUGUUGAGAAAAAUUGUUGAAAGCAAGCAGAAAAGUCGCACCAAUGAUUUGAAUGUGGAUCUAGGUCAUCCAGAAAAUUGGAACGACGUCUUCGAUAAACAAGGUUACUCACAUAGGAAACCUUUAAAACCGUCCUAUUACGUCCCGCAAAAGACAAAAAAGUCCAACUUCAUGAAAUAUUUUGGUGGAAAUGGUAAACCGCAAUCAUUUUAUGUAAUACGGAAAAACAAGAGGGCGCAAUAUCAUAGACUGAUACGUUAGAAUUUUGUAGUUUUCCCACACGACGUACACUGAUUAUGUUUGUAGAUUAGUGUUUUUUUUGUGAAAUAGUGCUUCAUAGGAAUAUCAACAGACUGUUGUAAAAUUGUGAAUUAUAAUGUUCAAUUGAAUAACAUCCUCAUAUAUAACGUAUAAUGUGUUAUUGAUUAUAUGCAGCGCUAAAAUCAAAAUGUAUAUCGCAAUUAUUUUUAAGACUGUAUUUAUAAUUUUGAUAUUAAAGUAAAUGAGAAAAUCCUA